ACCCAUUAUUUGAAAAUUGGGAAUGGGCCGAUUUAUAGGCCCAAUCACUAAGGCCAAUUACAAAGGGAUAAUCAGCCCAUUUAUGUUAGUAAAUAAAGGGAAUAUAGGCCCAUAUAUCUGCUUCUGAUCCCUGAUCAGAAGCCCAAACAUGGAGAUGAGAGCGGUGGAAGACAUAGCCAUAGGCCAAGAUCUCACCCCGCCCCUCCCACCACUCGCCGUCGUUCUCAACGACUCCGCCCUCAGCUCCCACUGCUCCGCCUGCUUUUCUACUCUUCCGCCGCAUCCCUUUUUCCCCACUACGCUUCAAAAUCUUAGCCAUGUCCCUAAGAACAUUCCCACUCCCCUCUACUGUUCCCCUCGCUGCUCUUCCAUCGAUUCUCCCCUCCAUUUCUCCUCCGGCGAGCCCUAUCUCCUCUCUCUGUUCCUCCAAUCACCUCCCGCCACGUGGGAUGACUCUUCCGACCUCCGCCUCUCUCUUCGUCUUCUUUACAUUUUCCGGGAACAUCUCAAAGAAUGCAGCUUUUUGCCCAGCUUUCCGGGUUCCACGACCAGUGAGCGAAGGUUGUUGCUUGGAGGGAAAAAAGACUACUCUUUUCAACAAAAUCAGAAUGUUGCAGGCCCAGAUGAUUAUCUUGAGAAUAAGGAGGAGCAACGUGAAAAUAUGAAGAGUUGUUGCCACAACGACAUCGUUAUGGAGAGAAUUGCGGGUUUGAUGACGAAUCGCGAGAGAUUGAUAUUUGGAGAAAAUAGAAAGGACCAAUUUCGAGGUAGUUAUGAAGAGGACAACCUGAAAGAAAAUCGUGAGAAUCGCGAGGGUUCAUGUGAAAGUACGGAAAGCGUUUCGGAGAGGAUAAGAGAGGGAGCAGAGUUAAUGGCGAAGGCGAGGAGAAUGUGUCUCGACGAGGAUGGAAAUGUAGAGAAGCAGGAGGAAUUCGUAGUGGAGGAAAUGGUGUUGUGUCUAGUGCUAACUAACGCUGUAGAGGUUCAGGAUAAGAGUGGCUGCAGCACAGGCGUUGCUGUUUAUGGUACAGCAAUUUCUUGGAUCAAUCAUAGUUGUUCACCAAAUGCUUGUUACCGGUUCUCACUGGGGUUGGAAAACAAUGAGCAGCCACGUCUAAGGAUUGUGUCGGCUGCAAAAAUGCUUGACCCUGGAAAUGGUAAUUGUUUGAUGAUGGAAGGUGAUUUCCAACACCCAUUUUCAGAGCAAAAUUUGUAUGGACCAAGAAUUAUAGUUCGGAGUAUAAAAGCUGUUAACAAAGGAGAAGAGGUGACAAUUGCAUAUACGGAUUUGCUGCAGCCUAAGGAGAUGAGACAAGCAGAAUUAUGGUUAAAGUAUAGGUUUAGUUGUCGCUGUCAGCGCUGUGUUGCAUUGCCGAAAACUUAUGUGGAUUAUGCUCUGCAGGCACUAUCUGCUGCGAAUUCUGAUAGUCCAAAGUCCACGAUCAAUAAAAUGGAGAAGUUGUCGCUAAAUUUUGAUGAUGCAAUAAAUGACUAUUUAUCACAUGGAGAUCCAAAAUCAUGCUGCAUGAAGCUUGAACACUUGCUAUCUCAUGGCCAGUUACUUGACGAGUUAUUAGAACCCAAGGAAGCAAAAUCACCUCCGAAACUGAAGAUGCAUCCUUUUCAUCAUCUUUCUCUAGAUGCUUACACCACCCUGGCCUCUGCAUAUAAAGUUCAAGCAAGUGAUUUGCUGGCUCUUAAUUAUGAGGCCGGGAGCCUGAAACUUGAAGCCUUUAAUAUGUACAAGACAAGUGCUGCAUAUUCCUUGUUGCUUGCCGGGGCAGUGGAUCAUCUUUUCAUGUUUGAAUCUGCCCUUGUGGCUUCUGUUGCAAAUUUCUGGAUAAAUGCCGGAGAAUCAUUGCUGAGUCUUGCUAGAAGCUCAUUGUGGGAUUCAUUCCUGAACCCGGGGCCGAAUCAUAUUGAAUUCUCAUCGUUUUUAACUCAGAAAUGCAACUGGUGUUGUCUCACAGAUACCUCUGGACCAAAUCUUAUGCAGUUAGAGGAAAUAAAGAGGCAAAUAUCGAAUUGCAUUGCCAACAAAACAUCACAAGUUUGGGGCAUGCUUGCUUCCGAAAGCAAUUUCUUGAGGUUGAUACAGAACCCAAUUGAUUUUAGUUGGCUUGCGUCUGCAGAAACUUCAACCGGUCUCCACCUGCAUGUUGCCGAGCCUGUUGUAGAGAAAGGAUGUAUCCCAUUGAAAGCUGGGGCAUGUAAUGAUGAAGUAGGGAUGAAUCUCAUUCUGCUGGGCAUCCACUGCUUAAGGUAUGGUAGGCUGUUAUCAGCCAUUUGUUUUGGUUUGUCAGCAGAAAGAACUACUACACAACUCAUUGAAUUUUUCAAGGAAUCUGGUUAGAAUAUAAACAUUGUACGUCCUUGUCCUAGAAGCUGGGACAUGUAAUGAUCGACUACUUGGGAGGAUCGUCUUCCUGGGCCUUUGCCUGGAAUAUAGGUUAAUCUGGGCCCAUUGGUAGGUAUUACGACUCUCCGAUUGGAGUUGAAACCAUUCAAAUUUUAGUGUAAAUCAAAAUCUACCGGUAUUUAUUGUCAAACAAACUUGUGAGUGCCAUGAGGAAAAUCUAGGGUUAUUCAUGUGAAUUUGUACUUUCAUCAACGGCAUCAGCAAGCCCGUGCCAUGAAACAUUAAUAUUCAUUGUUCGGAGGUAGUUCAAAGCUUUUUACAAAAUCAUAAUGGGCAGCGAAUGCAGUUGCUAAAGUUCAUCCUCAUAUAUAGU